CCUCUUACAGUAUACAGACCAGGAGAGGUAAACAUUUCCCCAAUUGGGGGAUCCAUUCCUUCUACCAGCAUCACUUCAGUGUAGAGACCAAGAAACCACCCAGGAACAUAUUUUAACAGAGAACAUACUCUACAUACUCCCAAGAUGAGUGAGCAGGAGGUCAUUUUCUCCACUGAGAGAUUUCAUAAGUCUUCAGGGUUACAGAACCAGGUGAGGCCUGAGGAGACUCAGUCGUCCAGAAAAGCUGGCCCCAGAGUGUGUUCAGUCCCCUGUCUGCUCAUUGUGAUAGCUCUCGGAAUCCCCCUUCGGCUGGUUAUCGCUGCUGCAUUGGUGUCACACAUUUUUCAGUAUAGUCAAAAAAAACAUGGACUGCAGGAAAUUCCAAACCACCACCAUAAUUGCAGCUCCAUGCAAAGUGACAUUGACUUAAAGGAAGAAAUGCUGAGAAAAAAGUCUAUAGACUGUAGUACAGGCAAUGAUUUUCUGGAAUCACUCAAGAGAGAACAGAAGAGAUGGUACAGCAAAACCAAGACGGUCGUAAAUUCCUCACCACAUACAGGCAGUGAAAUUGAAACAUACUGGUUCUGCUAUGGUAUAAAAUGUUAUUAUGUCAUCAAGGAUGGAAAAUCAUGGGAUGAAUGUAAACAGACCUGCCAGAAUUCCAGUUUAUUCCUCCUGAAGAUAGAUGAUGAGGACGAACGGAAGUUCCUUCAGCAACAGCUUAUUACAGACAAUUACUGGAUUGGAUUUUCAUAUGAUAAAGAAAAAAAGGAAUGGGCAUGGAUUGAAAGUGGACCAUCUAAACUUGCCUCAAACACAAUGAAAUUCAAUGAAAAGCUUGGAGGAUGUGUAUUCUUAUCUAAAACAAGACUAGACCAUACUGACUGUAUAAAUUUAUACAGCUGUAUUUGUGGGAAGAAAUUGAAUAAAUUCCCUGAUUUACUCUCCAAUUAGUGUUAAAGUGAAAACAAAGAGACAAUCUGGAAGAUUGGUGAAUGUUCUGGAAUCUGGAAUCUGACUUGACAGAGCAGAGGACAUCUACCUUCCUGGUGGAUACAAGAUAGAUCUUUGGACAGGCUUUCCCCCAAAGCCUGGAUGAAUGUUUUAUUUGUUUUCAAAAUUUCCAUAGAACUAAAUAAAUAACCCUAAUAAACA